GACAUGAAACAACUUUUAUUGGACAGAGACAUUGAGAGAGACAGAGAGACAGGGAGAGAGAGACAGAGAGAGACUUUUGACUUUUACACAACUUUUAUUGCCGCCAGCAGCAACAGCACUGGAGGCGAUUUCGAUUCGAAAUACACAAAGUCACCAGCAACACAAAUAAAACAAGCCCCGCGCACACCCCCCUCGGGUCCCGCGCACGCUGGCGGCGUGCGCGCCUUUUUGUUUCAGCGAGUUUCCUUUUUGUUUGUUUGACCUUAGGGCGACUGGUGGUGGUUGUUGUUGUUGUCGUCGUCUUCUCUCCACGGAAAUCCGAGAGGCGGCGAAUCGGCGCCGGGUGCGACGCCUUCCCCGAACGCGCAUGGCAGGAGCAGCAGGAGCAGCAGGAGGAGGAGGGCGGCAAGAUGCCGACCCCCUCGUCCCCCACGUCUCCCUGCCGCCUGCCCGCCGCCCGGGCCCCCACGCGGGCACCGCAAUCCCCGCCGGUGCUGCUGCUGCUCCUCCUGCUGCUCCUGCUGCUGCACCCACCGUGGCUAAUCAGUGGGUGUCGUUGCGAGCUUCUCCUCCUCCUCCUCUUUGACGAUACUUUCAUGCCUUGUCGUUACGGAAUGGGGAAGCAUUUCUACAACGGUGGUGGUGGGGGAGAUGUUAAUGUGAUGUUCACCGCGUUUUAGGUGCUUUUGAAAACCGCGUUGAACGACUGCACAUCGUUGACCCGGCGUGUUAGACAAUCGAGUUCCCCGUGCUGCCAGUGACUCGUGGGACGAUGCUCUCUCUAUCUCUCUACCUCCAGCCGCACCGUUCGCAAGAUGAAGUUGUGAACGCAUUCAUUGUUUUGCCUUUUUGAAACUCGUCCCCCGCCCGACCCCUGACCCCCGUCGACCAUGGCCCCGAAGCGCAAGGGAGGCGACAGGGUGGCAAAGAAGCGGGUGAAGCGUGCGAAAAAGAUCAUGCCCCUGAGUGAAAAGGUCGCUUUGCUGGACCGCCUGGCCCGGGGUGAGAGCGCCGCGUCGGUGGGUCGUCUCUACGGCGUCAACGAGUCGACGGUGCGAUACAUCAAGAAGAGCGAGGUGGCCAUCCGUGCCAGCGUGAGCGAAUGUGUGCCCAGGUCCGCGAGAGCGUCGUUCUACACCCGCGACCCGCACAUGGAGAAGAUGGAGAGGGCCCUGAAUCUCUGGAUCGAGGAUCAGACGCGGAUGGGUGUCCCCUUGAGCGGCGUGGAUAUUCGUGACCGGGCCCUGCGGUUUUACGAGCGCUCGGUGCAAAGUUCUUGCGGCGAGAGCAGCAGCAGCAGCAACAACAGCGGUAAGAAGUCACGCACCCCAUUUGCGGCGAGUAAGGGAUGGUUCGAAAACUUUAAGAAGCGAUAUUCGCUACAAAACGUCAAGUUGGUCGGCGAGUCGAUGGAUACCGUGGCUGAUGAAGCGGCUUAUCGUGUGUGCCAUAAGAAGGUGGUGGACGAGGAGGAUGAGGAUUGCAAACCCGGACAGGUGUUAGACGUGGACGAGCUGGGCUUGUUUUGGAAGAAGAUGCCCACGAGGACGUACAUCUCCAAGGAGGAACGCUCGGGAUCGAAGGCGCCCAACGACGACGACGGACCGAGCCUCCUCUGCGCCAGCGACGUGCCCGGUUCGCCGUCGUCGCUCCACGGCGACCCGAGUCGGCUUGCCGGGGUGGCCAGGACCGCCGGUGCGGAGGAAGCGCACGAGGAUCUGCAAGGUGCUGAUCUCGUUGUGCUCAUAGAGUCGCGCACCGAGGAGGAGGAGGACCUUAAAGAACGCAUCAAGGCAGGCGAUGGCGAGAGUGGUGAUGAUGGGGAAGAGGAGGAUUAUGCGAGCGGUAAGUCUCGGCUGAAUUUGAAAACGCUGGCAGAGAUUAUGCAACUGGCGUCGGAACUUAAGGACAAAGUGUUCGAGGCGGACCCGCUGGUGGAGCGGAGCGUGCGAUUCAAGAGGGAGAUGGACGCCGUGUUGGAUCCCUACCGGGAGGUUUACAAGGACCUGUGGAGGAAGGCGAAGCGGAUGCCAAUCGCAAGUUACUUUCAAUCGCAUUCAUCCGCCGUCUGCGACAGCACCACCACCACCAUCCUCGGCGAGCCACUGCCCGGCACCUCCAGCUGGACCCAGGAUCGCCCCGCUCCUCCCCGGGAUCUUCCCGUGAUGAUCCGCAAGAAGGACUCACGUCACCAUCAUCAUCAUCAUUAAAGCUUCAGGGCGGCACGAGACGCCCAGGAACCACGUGACCACCACGAGGGGGCGGGGCGGCAAGAACCACGUGACCACCACGAGGGGGCGGGGCGGCAAGAACCACGUGGAGCCGAGACGGAGGGAGACGCCCACGUGGUGGCACUUGGGAACCACGCGAAUGUUUGAAGGCUUUGGACAGUUUUUUUGUAUUGUUUGGUGAUGUGUUGCGGAUGGUUUUCGUUUUUAAUUUAGGUCGGCUCCUUCUUAAGCCUGUUUCGCGGCCGGCCAUGGGGUUGCAGCCUCCAUCCAGCGUUCUGGUGAAACCGUGAAAGAGAAAGUUUUGAAUGUGUGCGUGGGGUGGUGUGAAAAUUCGGUGACGCGUUGCGGCGACAAGGUUGUCGUUCCAAGUUGUUAACGUGUGGCGAUCUCUUUGAGUUGAUUCCAACUUUUAUUCACCACAUCUCUUGCUCUCUUGUUUCCUCUGCCUCUUGGCCGUGUCACGUGAGCGCAAAGAUUCACCGCGUCUCAAAAUGUUUUCGUUAGUCGCGUCAAGUUAUUGAUGUUCCUGUGUAAUAUGAAUUGGGCGAUUUUCUGCAUUUCGAUGUUUGGCUAAUACCGGUUACAUUGCUUUAGCUGUGGGCUGUAACACGAAAACACACUCCACACAGGGGCCAUAGGAAACCCACGCGCUUGCUGAGGCAUGAGGGUUACCGCUGUGUCUCCCACUUGUAACAAAUGCCUUUCUAACACCUUGUUAAGUGUGGCAAUGUUAUCUCUCAGAGUGGCCCAGAUGGCUUGUGAUUGACCAUUUAAUUUUCAAAAACUUAAUAUAUUUUUUUUAAGUAAGAUUGAUUUAAAACAGAAAUGAAUAUGCAAAGGAACAAAAACAUGUUUGGGGGGUCAAUUAGUUAUGGGGGGGGGGGCUCACAAGACAUCUGGACCACCCUGUAGACUUGGUAACCCAAGAGGGGGCGGUUUGGGAGCGCGGAUUGAUUGAGGGGCCACCAAACCCCCCAAAAACGAAGAGAGCCACUGUCGGGCGUUUGCAUCAUCGCGAGACCGCGAGAGAUGCCGACGGCUUGGGGGGGGGGGGGAUGCCUUCGUCCAACAGUGGAUAGAUUGUGUUUGAAUGAAAAUGUGUAGGUCUUUCGUACCAUGGGUUGAGAGGCAAAGACUGGGACUAGACCGGACCCCUGACGCGGGGGAGGGAGCUUGCGUUAUUCCUGAAACCAAAUCCUAACCCAAUAAAUGCGUACCUGUAACGUAACUUGAUAAAAAAAAAUAGCUAAAGGGCGAUUGUCUGAAAUGUCGUCCGUUACAUUUUUUUUUACUUUUUAAUGCCACAGUUAUUGACGACCGUGUUGAGUUUGUUAUUUUUGCAUUUGUACCACCACCAACGCAGCGUCACCGAAUGCGUUAAGAUUUGCCGCCGAUUUCGCUCAACGAUACAAGUUUUCACGAUGAUCGCGAUAUCGGUUAUCCUUUUGUAAUUCAAUUUCACAAUUAUAUCGUCACGAUGGGCUUUGAUGUACUUCAAGUAUGAAUAAAGAUGUUUUAACUGUGAAUUCAACUGGAUUUCACACAACACAA